AUGAAUCAGACUCAGCCGUACAUGGAUAUGCACCCGGCUUCACAUCUAUCAUCUGGACCAUCACACUCUUACUCUGCACCGAGCGCUCCUCUAGGUCACUAUCAACAGUAUCAGCAGCCUCCCGUCAUCCCCCCAGCCUCUCAGCACUAUGGUCCAACGCAGACCUAUAGCAGUUAUGGCUACGCAAAUGGAGUUACAUCUCCACAAUCUGCAAGUGGUCCUAUUGGGCAGCAAGUGCAAUCCCAAAUUCCAUCUCUGCCAGCUAUGAUGGCCGGACCAAACACACAGCACUCUUAUGUUCCUCAGGCUCCGACCUUGCCCGCCCCGAAUCAAGGAGGAUAUGCACCAAGUCCCCCAUUCGAUACCACCGGACAGGUAGCACCUCCAGGUAUGAAACCAAGAGUCACAGCUACGCUCUGGGAGGAUGAAGGCAGUCUAUGUUUUCAGGUUGAAGCCAAAGGCGUUUGUGUCGCACGGCGCGAGGAUAACCACUUUAUAAAUGGCACCAAGCUUUUGAAUGUUGCCGGUAUGACUCGAGGCCGACGUGAUGGAAUCCUCAAGUCUGAAAAGACAAGACAUGUGGUCAAGAUUGGCCCGAUGCACUUGAAGGGCGUUUGGAUUCCUUUUGAGCGGGCCCUAGACUUUGCCAACAAGGAAAAGAUCACCGAUCUUCUAUAUCCACUAUUUGUACACAACAUCGGCGGGCUAUUGUACAACCCUGAGAAUGCACCGAGGACGAAUGCAGUGGUUGCAGCGACUGAACGUCGGCGUAUGGAUAGUGUUGAUUCUGGCCGUCCAUCCCAACCUGCUCAGACACCUUCAAUGCAUCACCAUCACAGCAUGCAAGGCACCGGGCAAGCGCCCCCGACCCCUCAUUCAAUUGCUCCGCAUCCAAAUGCAGCACGCCCUGGGAUCGACCGUGCGCAUACGUUUCCAACGCCUCCAACAAGUGCCUCAAGUGUGUUGGGUAUGAGUAGUCAGGGAAAUUCAUAUGACUGGGGCAAUCAGGGCAUGACAAAUGGUGCAACUGGAGCACAACCUCUUUCCAUUGAUACAGGUAUCAAUGCUCGUUCCAUGCCUACCACACCGGCAACCACACCACCUGGUACGGGAGGCCCAGGCAUGCAAUCCUAUCAAAGCCAGCCCAGUUAUGAUUCGAAACAUUAUUAUAGCACCACACCGAGUUCACAGACCGGUUAUGCUCAACACCCGGAUGGCAGUCGCUAUGGUCAGUCGAUGCCUCCUGCUCCCUAUGGUAAGACUGAUAUGGGACCCCCAACUGCACCUGGCUCGAGCGUAACUGGUGGCGAUAACCAUGAUCAUAAGGCUGAUGCUUAUUCCCAAGUCACGGCUCAAGCCCACGGCUCACAGCAUGAGAGUGACCAUCCGGACAGCGGCUAUAUGAGUGCCAAUGCUUCCGCGUACGGUACCAAUCGAACUCAGUACGCGUAUAGUACAGGACCGGAUCAUUCUCAUAUGUCCCCUGAAUUGUCUGCUUCGCCUUCCCACCCGAAUGGCUCUGGUCACGCAACUCCAAGAACUCUACCAUCAGGCCAACCCCAGUGGACGCCGGAUUAUCACACCCCUCCACGCGCUCCUCCAUCGAGUAACCUGUACAACGUCAUGGGCGGUGCUCGCACUCCCGUUGGAGCAGGGUCUGGCGAUGGCUAUGGCAACCCAGCAUAUCCGGGCGCAGGUCACCCUGCCGGUCUGACAUCGGCAAAACGGGGACGUGAAGACGAUGACCAAGAUCGACCAGGUAGUCGAGACUAUGAUGGGUACGAUUCCAAGAGACGCAAAGUGGGACGUGCGGACACUUUCGGAAUGCCUCUCAAUCCUCCACCUCACAUGCAGGCUAUCAAGACUGGCGGACAGCGGUGA